AUGUCGACCAUCGAGCUCGUCAUCAACCCUAGGGGUAAACCGAUCAAGAAACUUCCAAAGGAGCUUACGGUUUCCACAAAAUCUCCGGCUAGCGAUGUCUAUAAUACUUUAGCUCAGAAAACGGGUUAUUCAAUUCAUCGAUUAAGGAUCACCAAGGGCUCAGAUGGCAGUGUGUUGCCCAAUGGAUCGGAGACUAUUGAGGGCAGUGGACUGCGAGCGCAGAGUGUCAUCUAUGUCAAAGACUUGGGCCCCCAGCUCGGCUGGCGAUUCGUCUACGUGAUUGAAUAUCUCGGUCCUCUCGUCUUUCCGCCUCUCUUCCUAUACGUCUUGCGUCCCUACUUGUACUUCAACUUCGAUCAAAUUCCGGAACCGUCAUCGCUUCAACAGCUUGUGUGUGCCCUACUAUUCGUCCAUUUCUUGAAACGUGAGAUCGAGACUAUUUUCAUCCACCGCUUCAGCCUUGCAACUAUGCCUGCCCGCAACAUCUUCAAGAACUGCGCCCACUAUUGGGCACUGGCCGGUGUCAACAUCGCAUACUGGGUUUUCCGUCCAGACGCUCCCACUGCAACCGAUGACCGGAAUCCAAUUCUUUACUACGGCGGAUUGUUCCUCUUUGUUUUCGGUGAAUUGGCAAACCUCAAUGCCCACUUGAUUCUACGAAACCUUCGACGACCUGGAACCACUGAACGCGGUAUUCCAAAGGGAUUCGGAUUUAGCCUCGUGACCUGCCCCAACUACAUGUUCGAGAUUAUUGCUUGGAUUGGUGUCUACCUUUUAACUGGUCUCAGCUGGAGUGUUCUGCUUUUCCUCGUGCUUGGUACCUUCCAAAUGUGGGACUGGGCUAAGAAGAAGGAGCGUCGUUAUCGCAAGGAAUUCGGCGACAAGUACAAGCGCAAGCGAUUCACCGUUCUUCCACCUCUUCUAUAA